GGAAGCUGCAGCUGGACAACAACACCAUCGAGAAGAUCGAGGGCCUGGAGAAGCUCACUCGCCUGGUCUGGCUGGGUGAGGCCCUGGCGUCCCCCACAGCCCACCGUGAGCCCCGGUGUCCCCCUAGUCCACUGUGAGCCUCGCUCCCCUGGUCUGGCUGGGUGAGGCCCCGGCGUCCCCCCAAGUCCACGGUGAUGCCCACCAAGCCUGCCCCCGGCAAGGUUCUGGCUCAGCUUAGCCCUGGCAGCAGGAGCUCCCUCUGUUGGGAGCAAGGAAGCUGCUCUCAGAAAGCCUGGGCCCGUGCUGGGACAGCCCAGGCGGAACAUUCUGCUCCCACCUGUCAAAUGUCCCAUCGUGGGAGGGGGUCAAGGGAGCAGCCUGGGCUCCUGGUUACCCUAGACUCAGGCUGACAGAUAACCGUGGGCCCCAGAUCACACCAGCAGUAACCAUCUCAGCGCUAGUGUGCACUGACGACUCUGCCUGCUAAGCUGGGCCUGUGUGCUUCCUGUGUGAGGUCCCCUGACCUACCCAGCAACCCCACUGUAGAGAGGAGCACACUGAGGUCACAGCAAGCAGCGGGCCAGGAGCUCCCAGCACUUCGUCUCAUUUAGCCCUCACAGCAGUCCUCGGGGGCUCCGAGAGGCCAGGGCAUGCACCCCGAGCUCCAUGACCCAGAAGCAGCAGGGCUGGGACAGACCCAUACCUGUCUGACCCCAAAGCCCACGUUCAGUCCCUCCUGCCAGGCUGCUUCCCAUUAACGGGCAGCCUGGGGCAUCGGUGCGCCUCCCAGUUUACAGAACACCCCCAGCUCCGAUGUACGGCCACCAGCCCACAGCAGCCCCACAGGCUACCACGUCACAGACCCAGAGGAUGAGAGGCUGAGGGCCUCAGAGCUGAGUGUACCUGCGGCAGAGGCCGACCGCAGCCAGGGCUCCUGGCAGCUCUGCCCAGGACAGCCCCUCCCAGAAACCCACUGAGGCUGAGUCCUGGGCUUGGCCCACCUGCAUCAACAGAAAACAGAGGAGAGGGUGCUGGAUCAGCCCGGACCCUAAGCCACAACCCUUCUGAAUGCCAGGCUUUUAGGCAAGCUGUCUCUCAGACAUAAAACCGGGCCCACAGGUCCCCAUGAGGUGCCCCUGUGACGCCCAAUGUCCUGUGCCAUUGGGUGGAGAGCCGAAGGGGAAAGUUCUGGUAAGAGGUCAGGCAACCCCCUCAGAGAGCCAGCAGCCCACCUUUGUCCAGCUCUGGCACUAGUCACCCAGGGAGGGCGGGGUCCCUGGGAUGCAGGAGUCGGGGUAGGGAGAGGGUGCUGGAUGGUUCAGCACAGCACCCCCGGCACACACAGGCCCUGCUGGUGGCCACCUGCAGCCAGCCAUCCCAGGGCUAAGGGUGAGCCGCAGCCAGCUAAUACAGACCCCCAAAAGCUGAAUGCUCACAUCUCGUCCCAACUUUACAUUCAGGGAUGUCCUAUUGGGAGCUUGAAAUUGGCCACAGUGGGAGUAUUUACAACAAAGGAUUUAGCAAGCACUACAGAUCGGGGCCUUUCCCAGCACACCUGCAAAGAUUGCAGCCAGGCUGCGCGGAGGGAAAGGAAGGGGCAGGCGUGGUGUUGGCAGACUCCGGUGCGGGUCCCAGCCUGUUUUGUACAAGUUACUUCACCCUCUGAACCUCAGUUUCUUUAUAUGCUGUGGAUCUUGGGCACACCACCAGGCCUCUUUGAAUCCUCGUUUCCUUGUCCAUAAGGUGCAGGUGGUGACACCUGUGCUGUGAGGAUUGAAUGAGGAAAUGCACUGGGAGGACCUGGCAUGGGGGAAGGACAAUAAAUUGUCAGGCCCCACUGUUGGCAGACCUGUCCUUCAACAACAUUGAGACCAUAGAGGGGCUGGACACGCUGGUGAACCUGGAGGACCUGAGCCUGUUCAACAACCGAAUCGCCAAGAUCGACUCUCUGGACGCCCUGGUCAAGCUGCAGGUUCUGUCCCUGGGCAACAACCGGAUUGGAAACCUGAUGAACAUCAUCUACCUGCGGCGGUUCAAGGACCUGAGGACGCUGAGCCUCGCAGGGAACCCCAUCGCCGCGGCGGAGGAUUACAGGAUGUUCAUUUGUGCCUACCUUCCCGACCUUGUGUACCUGGACUUCCGGCGCAUCGACGACCACACGAAGGAGCUGGCGGAGGUGAAGCACCAGUACAGCACAGAUGAGCUGAAGCACCAGGAGAACCUGAUGCAGGCCCGGCUGGAAGACGAGCAGGCCCGGCGGGAGGAGCUGGAGGAGCACAAGGCUGCCUUCGUGGAGAACCUGAACGGCUCCUUCCUGUUCGACAGCAUGUACGCCGAGGACGUGGAGGGCAGCAAGCUGGCGAGCCUGCCCGGCGUGGCCGAGCUCAUGGAGACCUACAAGGACAAGUUCGUCAUCAUCUGCCUGAACAUCUUUGAGUACGGCCUGAAGCAGCAGGAGAAGCGGAAAGCGGAGCUCGACACCUUCAAUGAGCGUGUCCAAGAGGCCGUCCAGGAGAACCAGGCACAGGGCAGACACAGGACUGCCGAGUUCGAGGAGAAGCACUUGCUGAGUUUAAGUACCAUCCGUGGCGAGUCCGAGCUGACCGACAUUGAGACAAAGAUAGCAGAUCAGAGAGAGGACAUCGCUGAGCUCUCCAACGCGCUCAUGACGCUGGAGAUGCAGCUGGUGGAGCAGCUGGAGGUGAGCGGGUCCCCGGGCACCGGUGCGACGUGGAGGCUCAUUUGCAGGAACCCGCGCGCCAGCUGCGGCCUUCCCGGGCGCUCCCCUGCUGGAAACGUCGUGUGGCUCCCGGGCCGGGCUAUAGCGUCCCUGCUCAUCAGUCUGGGGUUUGCUUCCAAUGCUUUCCAGUCACUGAUAUCACAAGUGGUCCUUGUGCAGCAGGAGAGACCCAAGGUGCUGUGCAGGUGCUCGAAAACCAGCGGACCCAGCUCUGGACCCCAGUCAGGGAUGAAACCAAGGCUCCCCACGCUGAGCACAGGAGCCCAAGACUGCUGCCUGAAGCCCCGGGCGGCCAGCCUGGCUGGUGGCUCAAGUCUGCAGCGUGGUGAUGACCUGACCCUCCCCGUGCUGCCGCGGCUGGGCCCAGAGGCAGCACCUCAUCAGUGGCUCCUGUGUCAACGACAUGUCAGCCGCAUCACAGGCCAGAUGCUCGCCCCGCCAGGGAGGCUCCGGCUCUGCAGAAGGCUGCCACAGGGCGCCGGGAGGCUCAGGCAGCAGCGGCUCCCAGUCGAGCAGGGAGAGCUCCUUUUCAACAUCAAAAUUCCCCAGGAUGCACAGCCAGCCAUACUUGUAUUACCAGCAGCCAAAAAGCUACUACAUUAUUUUUAGCAAUCCUAUAUUUAUUCAUUACAAGAGUGUUGAGAAAAAUGUAAGACUGGCUCGCCUGCAGAUGGCCCUGACUCAUGGACGGUCUGAGCCCUGUAGUCUGCGGUGGGUCAGGGCCUGACCAUCCUGCAGGCUCACCAGGUGGCAGCCACCACCAUGGCGUAGGGGAGCCUGGCUGAGCGCUGGGAUGCUGCAGUGCAGGGGUGCCCUCGAGGAGGGAGGCGGGAGCCCUGCUGGCAGCCACACGUGCGUCUAGGGGAACAGCCAGCAUUACCAAGAGUUUCCUCUCCACCAGGCACCUUGCCAAGCAUUUUGGGUGAAGACCCCAUUUAUGCUUCACUGCAACCUCCUGAGACAUGAACUGUGCAAAGGAAACCCAUUUUAUAGAUGAAGACAUCAAGGCCCCAGGAAGUUAGCCAACAUUCCCAGAGUUCACACGGUGGUGGAGCUGGCAGGCAGCCUAGCUCUUAGCAACUCCCUCCUGUUUCUCUGGAGGUGAGGGAGGCAGAUGCCACUGAGAAGCCCAGAGGAAGGGGAAGCUCUGUGUGCGUGUUGUGUGGGGACGACCAAGACAGGUGUUCCUGCAGAGACAGCAGUGCGUGCAAAGGCCUGGAGAAGGCACUGCACUAAACCUCCAGGGUGCUGAGCGAGGCACAAUGGCUGGAGAGUAACGGCUGUGGAGAGCGGUCAGGACACAGCGUGCACCUGGGAUGGUCGGGGGGGGUGUCUUUACCCUUAAGGUCUGCAGUCAGAGGAGGUGCCCGCUAAGUUGUAAGGAGCAGCUUCUGCUUUGGCGCUAGGUCAGUGGAGUUCGUGUCUGAAUAUACAUGACAGCUGUGUUCUUUAUUGUUUCCAGGAGACUAUAAACAUGUUUGAAAGGAA